GUAAAAAGGGCUUUAAAAAUUAAUUGGUUAUUUGUACAUGUCUUUGUAAAAACGCUAAGGGAGUUAAUUCUGCAAUCAUCAAGUAGAGAAAUAGAAAAUUAGCACCACCAACAACCACCAACUACUGUCGUCUAGUGUGUGUUUUUAUUACAGUUGUAAAUAUCAUUUCACAUUUCAGUAGAUUUGCACAAGGCACAAACAAGGUAGAAUCUUCGCUGCGAAGAGGUUUUUCGAUUGAUACUUUCAAUUCAAAUUCAGUUAUAAAGUUACAGGAUGUCAGACGACGAACAAAGUCCACAACCAUCUCCAGCAUUCAUACCCAAAGAAGAAGAAUAUGAGGAUGGCAAGUCUGAGGCAAAAAUUCGUAUGGAGAUGGAAGCAAAGCGUAGAAAAGAAAGAGCCGAAGAAGAAUGGAGAGAGUAUGAAGAGUUUCGUAGAGGUGAAAGAGAAAAAGAAGAAGAGGAGAUACGUCAGUUAAGAGAACGUAGAGAACGACGAAAAAUGGAACGUGAAGAAGAAGAAAAGAGAUUAGCUGAAUUACGUCAAAUUGAAGAUCAGAAAAGACGAGCAGAAGAAGAAGAAAGACAGAGGAAAAAACGUGAAGAGGAACAACGUAAACGAGAGGAACGUGAACGUAAGAAGAAAGAAUGGGAAGAACGUAAAAAUGCUAAUCGACCAAACUUUGUUAUAACAAAGAAAGAGCCAGAUGCACAAGUAACACAAGAAGAGAAGAAAGAGGAGGUCACCAAAUCAAAAGAACAGUUAGAAGCUGAGAAGAAGGCUAUUUUAGAACAACGUAUUCAACCAUUGAAUAUCACUGGUUUCACUGCUGACCAGUUGAAAGCUAAAGCAAAAGAAUUACACGAUCUUAUCUGUCGAUUGGAGGGAGAUAUUUAUGACUUGUCUCAACGUUUCACACGACAAAGUUAUGAUAUGCAAGAACUGGCAGAACGGGCACGUCAGAUUAACAAAGGUGGUAAGGCAAAAGCAAUCUCAAAUACACCAGAUCCGUUGGCCGCUAAAUUCAGUGGUAUUCCUCCUAUGGUCGUAAUGUAUAGCCAGUAUGAACGUGUUAAAGAUCCACGAUCAUUUCAUGAUCGACGCACUGUCUUUUCAGGUGCUAAUUAUACUGAAGAAUACCAGCGUAUUGCUCCAUCACAAGCGGUAAUCAUGACAGAGGAAGGCUUCCAAGUAGUCGGUAAAGCUGACAGUGGACAUUCAGCUCCUGCAGCUGAAGUUGGAGCUGAAUAAUAAUAAUAAUAAUACUAUAAACGACAAUAGUCUUGCUACUGUUACACGCAUUAAUGACACACAUCUUACUGUCAUUUUAUUUUCGACUCCUUCGCAUUUCAGUUUAUGCUCCUGUUUUUGUUGUUGUUGUCGUCAGUUUCACCACAUUCGCUCCCAAAUGUUGUUAUAUUAUUAUUGUGUUGUUCUUUCGUUUCUCAGUUUUUAUUUUUAUGUCACAAUGAAAAACCAAAAAUUCUCAUUUAUUUUAUUGAUUUCUCAGCUUUUAACAGUCUGAAUUGCCCUUCUGCUUUCCCGCCUUCUUGAUAAUUUUGAUGAAUUAUCAUCCUUGAUCUCUUUUUC